UGUGCGUAUGUGCUUAUAUUUACUCAAUUUCGUGCAAGCAAUAUAUAGAAGUUCGAUUACGGAUUUAAAAUCCCACAAACCAAGUGCUUCGCUGUUCCCUCACGGCAUCGGACAAUCCGACCGCGGAGAGUUGCAACCGUAGCGCGGGAUUGUUGCCAACCGGUUCACCAUGGGCACCAACGUGAGUCGCCACGAAGAUCUAUCGGAGAACGAGUAUCUGAUGCGAUUUGUUGGCAAGGAGCAUAUUCCGGCGUACAACGAUGAUUUCUGGAACAGCUUCCUGCAGUAUCACAUCAAUCUGCCGACCAAUAGCCAGGAACAGCUGAGUUUGGAUUCGAGGCUGGAAUCUCUCUGCCAGAGUUUCAUCAGUCACAAUCUUUCGACCGGGAACUUUGGAUCGCUGAUAAAUGUUUACCUGGUGAAGGUUUCCGAACUGUUAGCCUUAUCCGAUGCGGAGAGUACGGUUCACAUCUGGCAGGCAUUCAAUGCUCUGUUUAUUAUUCGCUGCUUGAUCAAGUAUAUGAUUGAGACAGGCUCGGAAUAUCAGCUGCUGCAGCACUUUGAGGCAUUGCCCAUCCAGGAGAGUCAGGAGCAGGAAGAAUCCGAUCAAGCAACAGAAACUAGCAGCGAUGUGGCGGUUAAUAUUGAUCCGAAGGUGAUUGCAGAUACAAAGGCUGCCGUAGCCAAGCUGGUUGAUGGAACCAAAUUUGAGACGUUUCUCGAAGCGCUGGUUAACAUUAUUGUUGUGAUACCUGUCAAAGAAUUCACAUAUCAUUUGCAUUUGGAAGCGGUAAAUUGUUUGAUAGUCUUACUGUCUGUGAGUCAAUUCUCCCAACAGAGGACGGAUAAAUCUACCAUCUUCAAAACUAUCUACAAAUGUCAGCACGCGAACACGUUGAUGAGUGCCCUGCUGCACUUUCUCAGUCGUAUGACACAGGCCCCAUCGACGAUGUUCGGUUUCGGCAGUGGUGGUUCGUUCGUGUUCGGCAUUGCGGAAUCUUUGUGGUCCAUUUUGACAUUCUCCCGAAAGCAACCGGACAUUCUAUCUGCUCACGAUUUACCCUCGGCAUUCAAGGACCAUUAUCCGUUGGCCAAUCAGAGUCUGCUGUUGAUCCUGAUACUGGCCAACCAUUAUACCACGAAGGACAACCCAUACCGGGCAAGUCUUUUCGGUUGUUCCGAUUCGCAAGCAGAUUCUGCGAAAGAUGAGGUGGCGACAUUCAAAAUCGACUUUUCUUCCCUGUACAAUACGCUGUGCCGAAUUGUGACGAUUGACCAGGCGACGUUACUGCUCUAUCUGCUGCUGCAUCGAAACCAACGAUUCUACAAGUACGUCAUGGCGCAACAGAAUCUGCAGCAACUGGUCAUUCCUAUUCUUCAAACCCUUUACAACGCUCCAGACAGUACCUCGCAUCAUAUUUACAUGUCCCUGAUUGUGCUUCUUAUUCUGAGCGAGGACGAUAACUUCAACAAAAGCGUUCAUCAAAUUAUCCUAAAAAAUAUCACAUGGUACACGGAGCGAUCGGUCAGCGAGAUAUCGCUCGGUGGCUUGCUGAUUCUGGUAGUCAUCCGAACCAUCCAGUACAACAUGCUGAAAAUGCGUGACAAAUAUCUGCACACCAACUGUCUGGCGGCACUGGCCAACAUGUCCGGCCAGUUCCGAUCCCUGCACCCGUACGUGGCCCAACGGUUAGUUAGUCUGUUCGAAACCCUAGCCAAGAAGCAUGCCCGCCUCGAUCAGCAGCUAAAGCAGUCCGUCAAUGGAGACGUCGCAGCGGCGGCGGCGGCGACCGAGGUGGCCGUUUCCAUCGCGGCACCCAGCUCGGAUGAUAUGUUACAGGAUCUGUCAGUGCUGGAGGAAGUGCUGAGGAUGGUGCUGGAAAUUCUCAACUCCUGUCUGUCGCACCAGCUGGUCUACUGUCCGAACUUGGUGUACACCCUGCUGUACAAGCGCAGCGUCUUUGAGGCCUUCCGGAGUCAUUCGGCUUUUCAGGAUAUCAUUCAGAAUAUAGAUAUGGUUGUAGGAUUUUUCUCGUCGAGGUUGGUUCGAGUUCAGGAUCAACGGGGCGAGCUUGGCGUUAACGAAGUUCUAGAAGUGAUAUCUAAAGGAGCCAGUCAGUGGUCCAGCGAUCGGUUAAGGAAAUUCCCGGACCUUAAAUUCAAAUACGUCGAAGAGGAUGCCCCGGAAGAAUUCUUCAUCCCCUACGUGUGGACGCUGGUAUGCAAGGCGGGCUGUGUUCAUUUUAGUUCCGAAUCAAUCAAAGGCGUAACGACGGACAUCAACUGUUAACCGGAGUGUACUCAGUAGGGUUUCUUCAAACGAAAAAAAAAAAAACUAAGAAAACUUCAGAUGGAAUCUAGCUUCCAUAGCUUUUACUACCUACUACAAUAUUAAAAUUGCUCUACUUUGGCCCGGGUGGUUCCCCGGGCAAGAAGAUUGCAGACCUAUGUAGAAUGCAUACUAAUACAAUAAAACGAAGGUGAACGGCACCUGUCAGGAGAAUAUGCAAUCACGGUGUGAGCGCUCGCGUGAAUGAAGAUCAAAAGUUGAAAUAAGAAAAUUGUGUGCAAACUUGGUAGGUUCUAGGUUAGAAAUCGUUGCAUUCCCUGAAUGACAAUAGAAUUCGGUUGAGCAAGUUAUUUUCUUCUACGAGGUUGUUGUUUUUUUUCUGUAUUUACGAGAGCUCAAAAUUGUCACAUGUUUAUGUACAUAGAACUGUUUCGGUGUAGUAGCAUCCUUUUUUUUCUAUUUUAUUACAAACAAAUGACAGGAAUAUCUUUGUUCAAAACAAAUCUGAGUGAUUAGAUUCGACUCGAAAUAAUUGCAAUCUAAACUGAAGGGAAGAACAAACUUUUAAACACGACACGCAUCUAUAACCGUGUAGUAGGUGUAGCAGCGCAAGCAGGCUUAAUGAUUUAGAUGAGACUAAUAUAUAAAUAAAUUAUAAUCUUCGAAAGAAACAAAACAGUUUUCAGUAUGACAGUAACGUUGAUCGUAGAUUUGUAAAAAAAAGUUCCACAAUUGAGUUAGUCAGACAAACAAUAGCAAAGCAAAACGGCAAAUAAUAUACGAGAAUUUACUUAUUUCAAA